AUGACUGUGGGAGCCUCGCGUGCGGUUUUGUGUCUGUGGGUCGCCGUCACGCUGGUGCAGCAAUUGUUCAGUCAAUCUUUGCGUUUCCGUGUGGACUUUUCGUAUGGAAAUGGACCGACCCGUCACACUCCCAACGCAGCACACAUUGCCCAUGUAAACAAACACGGAUUCUCAGGACCCAUUGCAGGGAGACGUCCCUCUCGUGUUGUUUCCCAGCCCCGGGAGCUCCUUCGAAAUGCACCGCAGCAUUUCGUUCCCGGAGCACAACCAGCAAUUAUACAAAUUCUGGCUCGGGAGAAUAAUAUCACCUGUAUCCUACUUUCAGAGAGCGUGGGUGGUUGUAGCAUGUAUGCAGUAGUGUAUGUCCGCGCUAGUGAGGUAGUUACAGCCAACAUGCAAGGCCACCUUAAGUUAUGGGAUCUGCGGGCCCAGCAGCCAGCCAAAGCAACUCUUCUCAGCCCAGAUCAGAUUGCAGUAUGUCACCUUGCAGGACACCCAACUCAGCAGCACCUUGUGGCAGCUGGAGGAGAAGACGGAGCUAUGGCCAUAUGGGACAUGAGGAAUAUAGCUCAGCCUGUCACUCUCAUUUCUGCACAUAAUGGACCAAUUACUGAAGUACGAUUCCACCCUGCAGCACCAGAUCAUUUGUUUACAUGUGGUUUAGAUGGUCAACUUUUGCAUUGGGAUGCUUCUGCCUCUGCACGGCCAACACCUGUGUCUUUCAAGGGUCCUCGGGAUCCUGCAGGAGCAAGUAUCACAGUGUGGCUAAGCAGUGAUGUUGCCCGCGGAGCCAUCGAUACCACUUGUAUAAUUCCACAGUCAUCCUUACCCAUCAACUCACUGGAUAUUGAAGGGCCAACACUUGUUGCUGGUUCAGAUAACGAGUCCAUUUAUACAGUCAGAAAUGUGUUGCUUUAUUAAAGUUUGUUAUUAAUAUUUACUUGAAAGUUGUGCUCGUUUUGUUUAUUGAUACUGAAAACUACUUAUGUACAAGGCAUUUUGAUAUAUGAUCAAGCACUUGCUAUCUGUCUGAGAUGGUAUCAUUACUUUUUUUCUUUUUUUUAUAUAUAUAUAUAUCAGUAUGCAAAGCUACAAUGAUAACAUUUAGGUGCUAUUCUGAUAUACAAAAGUCAGCUGCUUCUCUCCUACAGAUUUUAAUAUAAUAUAGAGCACUCAUCUCAGUCUGGUUAAUGAAGUAAUGUUGCUGAAAUUUAUUGGCAUUUUAUUUCCAAAUUUAUUCAUUUCUAGUACAGGGGGUCCACAUAUAUUUUACUUGUGUUCUGUUGUUUAUUUUUCCUCUUGAAAUGUACUUUUUGUAUCUUGAAAAUAAAAGACAUUAUAGUAC